AAGACACCGAAGCAUUCCACAUUGCCUGAUCUAACUGAAGAUGAGCUGAUAAGGUCAAUGAGCACAAUGGAGGAGGAGGAGAUGUACGAUCAGAAAGCUAUCAACGACUUUAUGGCUCAGGAAACUCUUCCUGACGAUGACGUUCUAGUCUUUAAAUUCAACGGCCUUCAACAAACAACUAUCUUUGGUGCACGCACCAUUACACGACUGAAUGAGCGAAUCGCUAAUUUACGUAUGACUCCGGCACUGGGAGCCUUUCAAUCUGACGUAUCGAUGACCGACUCUGUUGCUAUGGUGGAUCGCCCUGAGGACUCCGUCUACGUCGGACUGAAUGUCGAAAAGGAGAGUCUUCUCCGAAGUCUCAAACACACCGAGACUACUGAUGCUCUUGUAGUUGCAGUGCGGGAGAAAGUUGCUGAAUAUCCCGGAGAGUUUAUUACUUUCAUCGUGGAUGAGAAGAUGAAGUUUGAUGGAAACUUUAUCAUGAUCCUUUCUCAAGAUCUGGAUAAUACUCUCCGGUUGGAGGAUCUAGAGGUAAAUGAGAAGGAUCUUGUGGUCGAUGUAAUCGAAGAAGCUGAUGAUGAUGUCACAUGGGUCUUUCCUAGUAUCGAACAUCCUUGGGCGAAUCAGGGAUCUGACUUGGAAAUUAUGGAAGAGGGAUGCGUAGAGACACGAGCUCGAGUUGUAAGCAAGUUUGAACGCCCUCGACGUGACUUCGGUGCAAAAAGGGAAUUGAAUGUGGGUCAGGAGGGCCCAGCAUACACUGAGGUAAAACCCUAUGAAGAUAAGAACUUCUCUAUUCCAGUCAUGGAACUAGAGCGUGGAGUCACAUGUGUUAAUAGUAGAUGUGACCAUUGCACCAAUACGGACUGGCUUUAUCCGCGGAAUCAAGUGGUGCAGUACAUUCCUCGUUUGGCUUUAAUGGAGGAGAAGGAGACUAGCGCUAUUAAGAUAGCGUCUCAGAAGCCCAUUGGUGGCCUAAGCAAUCUUCUUGGCUUGUUUGAACAAGGUUUAAAGGAGAAUCUAAUGUUCAAUUUCUUAACAGACGAUUUCGCCCAGUUAGGUUUCAGUGAUGACACUUACGACAAUAAAUCUGCAAACAACUUUAAAGAGAUUCUCACACUUUCUGAUCUAAGAUUUACCAAAGACAAAGCUGUCUCUCAUAUCGAAUGGCAUCCCGAAAUUGAGGGCGUAUUGGCAAUGUCAAUAGUAGAAAGGCUGCCUUACGAUGAACUUGUGAGUCAGCUAUCUCGUGUGUUGAUGACCCCAACCUACAUCAUUGUGUGGAGUCUCCAUGAUCCCACUCAGCCGCAGCUGUUGCUGCUAGCUCCAGAAGAUAUUUAUUGUUUCCAGUUUAAUCCAACCGAUCCGCACAUUGUUGCUGGGGGAUGCAACAAUGGCGAGGUCGUAUUGUGGGACUUUUCCAGGCAUGAUCUCACAAACGUGCUUGAGAAACUGAGGAGUAAACAGGAAUUGCCGCUUUUUCAGUUUGAUGAGAAUGAAAGUCAGAAGGUGCCAACAAUACCUUGGUGCGCAGCUAGUAACAUAGAGGCCUCACACGCCACACCCAUCACCUGUCUGCAAUGGUUGCCCGACCACAUUGAAUUGGACCGAGCUGGCCUGACCUACGAGAACACGUCGCAGCGCUGCGUACAGCUCCUCACCUGUGCAACUGACGGUGGAAUUUUCGUGUGGGAUCUACGGCCGGAAAAAUGCGUACUGGCAGUGGAUAAGACUCGCGACCAGAUAAUUGUGCCUCACAACGUUCCAGCAACCUUCAAUGCACUGGAUGCCAAGUGGAAGCCCCUGCUUCACGUCAAUCUCUUCCGACCGGAUAAUGCACCGGAUCACUGUCCCACUUGUUUCUGCAUUCGAGAGAGGCAAGGCGACCGUUCGGUACUUGACUUGAAAGCCAAUAUCGCCAAAAAGAUAGCCUCUGAGAAUGACCCGAAUCGUGUGGGUUUACCCAAAGCGCAGCCAUUGGAUGGCAUCAACUCAGUCAUUUUUGUGGGCACCGUAGAUGGAGAUAUGGUGUGCGUGGAUUGGAUGCCGCAGAAAGAUGUGAAGACGGCCAAACGACAGACACCAAUGCCAAGCUUUGUGGCCCAAUUGCACGAUGGUCCCAUAGUCUAUAUUGCACGAUCACCCUUCUUACCCGAGGUGGUGCUCUGUGUGGGCGGCUUUACAUGGUCCAUGUGGAAGGAAAAUGUAACUUCAGGACCUCUCCUCUGCUCCGCUGCCUACGCCAAGGCGCCAACUGGUGGUCUUUGGUCCCCUUCCCGAUCCUCCGUGUUCUACAUUAUGCGUGCUGAUGGGGUUCUGGAGGCCUGGGAUCUCCUAGACAAGACGCAUGAACCCGCACUCUUGCAUACCGUCUCCUCCUCUGCUCUCACUGCCCUAUCAAUUAAAGUGGAGAGCCGAAAACACUUUCUUGCUGUUGGGGACAUGCAUGGAGCACUAAAAAUUCUUCUUAUACCACAUCGGCUUAAAGUUGGUGGACCGGAGGAGUUGGAAGCGAUGGCAGGUUACAUAGACCGCGAGGUGCGUCGACGCGCCUUUGUGAUGAGCCGAUGGAAACGGCGUGAGCAAGAGCGCUUACAGAAGGAAGCGGAGAGCAAACACCUCGCUGGCAUUUCCACAGUUGGUGAACUUACUGCUACUGAGAAGCUGCAGAAAAUGCGGGUUUGGCUUCUUUGUAACGGAGGAUAUGACUUCAUAUAUCUCCCUUAUAGAUCGAUGAUGCUUACGGAAGCCACAGCAGCUCAGAUCUUAAACUUUUCUCAACCCCUCGAUAUCAAGUUGCUCGAUGAGGUCGUCGCAGCUAUGUACAAGUCCAGUGGAGACGAACAGAAACUCGCAGAAAAGAUAUUGAGUGCUCUCAAGGAGCAUCCAGAGGCUUGGACGCGUGUCGAUAGUAUCCUCGAGUUUAGUUCUUCUCAGCAAACCAAGUACUUUGCUCUCCAGAUUCUCGAGUCACUUAUAAAAACUCGGUGGAAGGUACUGGCCCGACCUCAGUGCGAGGGCAUCAAAAAGUACAUCGUUGGUUUAAUAAUUCAGACCUCUUCUAAUCCCGAUCUUAUGGAGAGCGAAAAAACAUACUUAAGUAAGCUCAACAUGAUUUUGGUCGAGGUAAGGUUGUGUGAUUUCGUGGAUGUUGUGCAUUAUCUACAGAUUUUGAAGUUCGAAUGGCCCACGAAUUGGCCUCACUUCAUCUACGAUAUUGUUGGAGCCAGUAAGACCAACGAGUCACUAUGUCAGAAUAAUAUGGUCAUCUUGCGGUUAUUGAGUGAAGAAGUUUUCGACUUUUCGCUGGGACAGAUGACACAAACAAAGGCGAAGCAUCUAAAGGACUCCAUGUGUCAAGAAUUUGGCAUGAUUUUUCAACUUUGCCUUUUGGUGUUGGAGACUUCGCAGAAUGCCUCGCUGGUUGUUGUAACACUGGAGACCCUCCUCCGAUUUAUGCACUGGAUCCCACUAGGCUACAUAUUUGAAACCGAUCUUAUCCAGAGUCUUGUGUGUCGCUUUCUCAGCGUGCCCGUUUUUCGAAACGUCACACUUAAAUGCCUAGCAGAAAUUGCCGGAGUCCCUGCAAAAGAGUAUUCCAAAAAAGUCAUUGAGCUAUUUAACCUCACAACAGCCAAAUUGAAUGAGAUGCUCCCUCUCUCUACUCGAAUUCGCGAGGCCUACGAGAAGGGAACAACAGACGAACAGAACUUUAUCCAAAUUUUGGCGAUCUUUUAUUGUACUUUUCUGAAAUGUCACAGUGAUCUCAUUGAGUCGGGGGAACUAACAGAAAAACUAGUCGAUGCAUAUAAAUAUCUUCUUCGCAUUUCUGAGGUCGAUGAUAAGGAGAUAUUUAAAAUUUGUUUGGAGUACUGGGACUAUUGGGUCUGCGAGCUGUAUACUGAGGCUAGCAUAUCGUGUCGCUCCCUUCAUUAUCCCUCAGUCUCGCGGGCAGAAUUCGCGCCACUUCUGUCGGAGUUCUUUGGAUCUUCUUCACAGCUCCGGACAAUUCUGAUCUCACGAAUGGCACGGCCAGAGGAGGUUCUUGUUGUUGAGAAUGAGCACGGUGAAGUCGUAAGGGAAUUCAUGAAGGAUACGGACAGUUUGAAUUUAUACAAAACUAUGCGAGAGACGCUUAUCUACUUGACGCACCUUGAUCAUGAGGAUACAGAGAAGAUAAUGCUACGGAAACUGAAGUGUCAGGUGAAUGGGACGGAGUGGUCGCGUGCUAAUCUAAACUCUCUAUGCUGGGCCAUUGGCAGCAUCUCAGGUGCGAUGAUGGAAGACAACGAACGUUCCUUCUUGGUCAUUGUCAUCCGCGAUUUGUUGGGUCUCUGUGAGCACAAACGAGGGAAGGACAACAAAGCCAUCGUUGCAAGCAAUAUCAUGUACGUGGUAGGUCAGUAUCCACGCUUUCUGCGAGCGCACUGGCGCUUUCUCAAGACUGUCAUCACAAAGCUGUUUGAGUUCAUGCACGAAACUCAUGAGGGCGUUCAGGAUAUGGCCUGUGAUACAUUCAUCAAGGUGGCGCAAAAGUGCCGCAGGCAACUUCUCAUUCCUCAGUGCGGUGCAGCAUGUGGCUUUGUGGAGGAUAUAAUUCGCAGUACUGACUCCAUAAUCUCAGACCUGCAGCCGCAGCAGGUGCAUACUUUCUAUGAAGCGGUCGCAACGAUAAUCAGUGCAGAAACAGAUCGGUCGGUUCAGAACGAUCUUGUGGAGGGCCUCUUCCGUCUUCCUAACGCCAUUUGGGAUGAUAUUCUCCUCCGCGUGGCUGCAGACAUGACCGUGAUGGGAGACGUAGAGGUGGUGAAACAGCUCUGCAACAUCCUUAAGACCAACUUGGCUGCGUGCCGGGCUCUCGGAAAUGCCUACAUGGUCCAGCUAUGUCGUAUCUACCUCGAUAUGCUCAAUAUCUACCGACUGCUCUCGGAACAGAUUAACGCCUCUAUUGCUACCCAUGGUGAACAGAUUGUCAAGCAACCCUUGGUACGGUCAAUGCGUGCUGUUAAGAAGACUGUACUCAACCUCCUCUCCUGCUGGAUUCAAAGGAGUCAUAAUCCCGUGUUGGUAGCCAACGACUUCCUUCCACCCCUAUUGGAGGCCGUAGCGACAGACUAUCAGCAGAGUCCACCCAUUUCUCGCGAACCUGAGGUACUCACUACUAUGGCGACAAUCGUAAACCGCCUCAGCGAAAACGUGCUGCGCUCCCUUCCGCGAAUUCUUGACGCAGUGUUUCAGUGCACCCUGGAGAUGAUUAACAAGGACUUAGAAGAAUUCCCUGAGCACCGCACCAAUUUCUUCACUCUUCUUCAGGCAGUGAACGCACAUUGUUUCUCCGCUCUUAUGACCCUCACUGCUGAAAAGUUUAAACUUAUCCUUGAUAGCGUCAUAUGGGCCAUCAAGCACACCAUGCGGCAAGUCUCUGAGACUGGCCUCAACAUCCUCCAUACCAUGCUCUCCAACCUCGCAGCAGUCAAUUCUCCGAAUCAGCAGCUCUUCUUCCGUAACUUCUACAUCGAAAUUAUGCAACACAUGUUUGCCGUGGUAACCGACCGUUCUCAAACUGGAAAUUUGACUCUGCAGGCCUCAUUGUUGGCCUACAUGUUCAAGAUGGUGGAGAACGGUGUAAUAACAGUUUCGUUGGGUGGUGAGUCUCCGGAGUUCGACGUGCCUCCUGAGGUCAACGUACAAUAUGUGCAUCAGCGUUUGUUAGAGCUACUGAAGCAGGCCUUUCCCCACCUUCAAGAGGCUCAGUUAGUCGUCUUUAUCAAGGGUCUCUUUGCACUAGACACUGAUGUGACGGCGUUCAGGGAGCAUCUGCGCGAUUUCCUGGUUCAGAUUCGUGAGAUUACGGGCGAAGAUCUUUCUGACCUCUACUUAGAGGAGCGAGAGGCGGAAAUCGCAGCCGCGCAGGCGGAAAAGUUAAAACGUCAGGCAGAAGUGCCAGGUCUACUGGUCCCUUUGGGUGUUGAAAUGAAUGUGAUAACACCUUGCGGUGUUGGAGGUGGCGUUAGUAGCGGUAGCGUUGGUGCUGGCAUGGAUAUGGCUGAUUAA